AUUAUUCUUAUGCUUGCAGAUUGAUAAAUCCAGUGAGUUUUGUGUGAUGUCGCGACAGAGAUUCCCUCAGGCGUCUUGGCAAAAAUCGCCUGUCGUUGUGGACGAAAUGUUCCCUGAAGGUUGUAGUCCUUAUAUGGAUCUUGAAGAGGCUGGUGGAUCGAGUGGACUUUUGUUUGAAUUGACUGCUAACGAGAAAGCUGUUCACGCUGAUUUCUUCAAUGAUUUUGGGGACUUGUUCGACGAUGGCAUCAAACCGGAGAACAAAGGAUGA